UUAUAGUUCUGUAAGUAAAUUACAGCGACUGGUUUCCUUGCACAAAGAAACAAAUGAUGCAUUCAGUCUGUUGAAAGGCCACAGGAGCUCAGGUGUGUCCACCGAAAUGUGUAUCUUUAGGAAUUACAGGUGAGGUUUGAUUCUUAGCGUUGUCAGUUUCUAAGUAGCUUACAUUGUAAUUCUAAAGAAGCAAAACCAGUGCCCGGCUCCAAUGUUUAAACAACAUGCGGUGGUAGCUUAAAUGAACUCUCCAGGUUAAACCACUCUUAAAUGCGUUAUCUGUGUCCCGUAUUUGUCCGUUGCAGUAGAUUCUACCUGCAGCUGUAGCAAGAUUGGGGUGAAAGGGGCACCAUCUUCAUGCAUUACUCGUUUCGUAAAGUCUUCCUGUUUUCUGGCACUGAUAGUGCAUGGCGGCUUAUCCUAACUCUGUCCUGAAGUGAGGUGGGAAAUCUGUCCAAUAAUCCAGUAUCAGUAAGACGGACAAGGUCUGCAGGCGAUAAGGAAUCCACCAUGAAUGGGCAGCUGGACCUAAGUGGGAAGCUGAUCAUCAAAGCUCAGCUUGGGGAAGAUAUUAGGAGAAUUCCUAUUCAUAAUGAAGAUAUUACCUAUGAUGAAUUGGUGCUAAUGAUGCAAAGAGUUUUUAGAGGAAAACUUCUGAGCAAUGAUGAAGUCACAAUAAAAUACAAAGAUGAAGAUGGAGAUCUUAUAACAAUUUUUGAUAGCUCAGAUCUUUCCUUUGCAAUUCAAUGCAGUAGGAUACUUAAGCUGACAUUGUUUGUGAAUGGACAACCAAGACCCCUAGAAUCUAAUCAGGUGAAAUACCUGCGUCGAGAGCUGAUAGAACUUCGCAAUAAAGUCAAUCGUUUACUGGACUGUUUAGAACCACCAGCUGAACCAGGGCUUUCCACUAAUCUGCCUGAAAGUGAUGCUGUAGAUGGUAGGGAAGAAAAGCCUGCUGCUGCUGACUCUAAUGUUAAGCCAUCUACUCAAGUUAUAGCAGCAAGCAUGUCUGCAUUUGAUCCACUAAAGAACCAGGAUGAAAUCAGUAAGAACGUCAUGUCAGCGUUUGGCUUGACAGAUGAUCAGGUGUCAGGACCACCCAGUGCCCCUGCAGAAGAGCGAUCAGGAACACCAGACAGCAUCGCUUCCUCCUCUUCUGCAGCCCAUCCCCCUGGUGUUCAGGCACAGCAGCCACCAUACCCCGGAACACAGCCACAGACUGGUCAGGUGGAAGGUCAGAUGUAUCAACAGUACCAGCAGCCUGGUUACCCUGCUCAGCAGCCGCAGGCUCAGCCUCAGCAGCAGUACGGUAUGCAGUACCCAGGUAAGCAGCGCGCCCCAACGGGGCUCAGCUGUAGAACCUCUCCUUCAGCGCCCGGCCCCAUCAGCUUCCAUUCCUGAUCCUGUGGGGCAGGUCAGGGUGCCGAGCAGCCCGAGUGCCUGCGGUUCCGAUGGGAACCGGCACAAUUCAGAAAUUAGCAGUAAGAGAACACUGUCACUGGCUGUAUUUUUAAUACGUAGUUGGGAGUUCUGCUGUCUCAAUCCUACUCGACUGUGACCAAAAGCAGACUUCGUUAUUAGUUAGCAGAAUGCAUUGUUUGAAAGGUGAGCAAAGUGAAUCACCUGAAGUAUGAGCAGUUUUCAGGAUUAACUUCUGCAGUCUUGGGAUUCUAGCAAGUAAGUGACUAAUUUAGCUUCCUUAAAUGUCGGCGGUAUAUAAAGAUGACCCCUAUUUCUUGCAUCUAGAAUGGUCUGCAGGUACAAAAUCUAGCAGUGCGAACUGCAGUCAUCACAGUUGUCACUUACUUACUAACUCCUUAGCUGUUACAAGUACUGUCGCUUCAGGGAAGCUUUGAAGUGAUAGGUGUUUGGUUUUUUUAACUUGUUGAUGUUGCCGAUACCUUGAGUUAAGCUGCCAGCAGACUUUUAGCAGAGGAACAUUUUAGUGUACUUGUGGUUUAUAGGCAGUCAAAUGCAAAAAGCUGGCUUUUGCAUAUACCCAAAGUAAACUUGACUUCAGGACUUUGAGUUAUUUACUUUAGAAGCAGCUGGCAUCUCAUAAUGCAUAGUGUGUGCUAGGAAUCAUAAUCCAGCUAAAGUACGGGGAUGAACCUGUAAUGGCAGAUUCCGUAACAAAUUGCAAGUUGCUUAUAAUACUUUCAGAAGAUGAUACAAAGCAUUUAUCAUUCCUUGUUUUAAACAGUCUUCCUUAAACUAAACGAAAGAAUCCCAUACCAUCCAGUGACUCAGAAUAGAGCCUGUAUGGCCUUUUUUGUUUUUUUUUCUGGUGUGCAAUAUGUACAGUGGGAGUGCAUCAGUUUUGAUGUAGAUGAGUACACUUGCAGAGCUUAUGAAGAAAUUCCAUGUUUAUCUUGGAGAAGGACCCUAGAAAAGUUGGAACUGAAGGUUUGUGCCCCAGCCCUUGUUCCUGUGCGCUGUGUGAGAGAGCUCGUUGAUUUGGGUCUCUAAACGGUGCCUUGUUCCCUGCAGAUAUCUCACCCCCACUAUUUGUAAUUAGAAGACAGUGACAGACUUUCUGAAGUCUAAUUUCAGAAGAAGUAACAAACCUGUUGGAAGUAGAAGGGUCUAUCUGUCUGUCUUUAGGCUUAAAAACUGAGGGGGGGG